CUGGGCGUGGUGGCAGGAGCUGGGGUGUGUGUGGUGAUCGCUGGUGCCCUGCUGGCCCAGUACAUUUUCACUAUGAAGAAGAAAGCCGGCCGCAAGACCAAGAUCAUCGAGAUGAUAAACAUCCAUAAUUACAAAAGCAGCUGAAUGCUGUAGGGAUUGCGAAAGAUCACUGUGCUGGACAUAGAUCAGCUUCCUGCCCUUAGCUUACCCCUCCCCAGAGCACUGUACAGUGAGCAAGAUGGUGGAUAAAGAGAGUUUGCAGAUGUUAGAGAUGCCAGAGUUCCAGAAGAAAACUGUCCGUAUUAAGAACCCUGGAAGGGUGGAAGAAAUCAUAUGCGGUCUUAUUAAAGGAGGAGCAUCAAAACUUCAGAUAAUCACGGAUUUUGAUAUGACGCUGAGCAAGUUCUUACAUAAUGGGAAAAGAUGUUCAACCUGUCACAAUGUCAUUGACAACUGCAAGUUAAUCACAGAGGAAUGUAGGAAAAAGUUGCUGCAGAUUAGGAACACGUACUAUCCAAUUGAAGUUGAUCCCACCAUUAGCACUGAGGAAAAGUACCCUUUCAUGGUGGAAUGGUGGACAAAAGCUCACAAUUUAUUGAUUGAACAAGGAAUUCAGAAAGAGAAACUGGCUGCGGUGGUGAGGGAAUCAGAUCUGAUACUGAGGGAUGGUUAUGAGUUGUUCUUUGAUAAGCUGAAUGAACGCAACAUCCCAGUGUUCAUAUUCUCAGCUGGUAUUGGUGACGUGUUGGAAGAGGUAAUUACUCAGGGCGGUGUCUUCCACUCCAAUGUGAAAGUAGUCUCCAACUUCAUGGACUUUGAUGAGAAGGGGGUCCUGAAAGGCUUUAAAGGUGAACUCAUCCACAUUUAUAAUAAACAUGACGGAGCCUUGAGGAGCUCUGAGUACUUCAACAAACUAAAGGACAAUUCUAACAUCAUUCUUCUGGGGGAUUCGUUGGGUGACUUGAGUAUGGCAGAUGGUGUUCAAAAUAUUGAGAGCAUCCUCAAGAUUGGAUUCUUAAAUGAUAAAGUGGAAGAAAGUUUAGAGAAGUACAUGGACUCCUAUGAUAUAGUAUUGGUGGGUGAAGAAACGUUGGAUCUAGUCAACGCUAUCCUUCAGAAGAUCCUGUGAUUGGAGGACUGAGGCAUCCAGGGAGCUCAAAGCCGAAAUACUCCUCUACCUUUUUUGUUUUGUUGAUCAGCCCAUUUAUUGAAAAUGCUACUAUUCUUCAAUGCCUUGAACUGAAGAAAGCAUGUAUUUUUAAAAUUUGAACAUGGCAAAUGAAUGUGUCCUCCCAACAAAUGAAGAGAAUUUUAGCAGUUCUUAGCUAGCCACUCACAGAAUCUGGUCAAUAUAGGCCUGCUUCACAGAUUUAGACUACCUUCAGGUUCCUUGAUUUAAAUUCUGUCCCUAACAUUUUAAAACAUUUCCAUGAAUAAUGUUAUAUUAAUGAGGUAUGAGUAUUGUGUGCUUGGCUUACUGGACUCCAAAUUGCCCACAUUAUAACUAUCACCAAUUGUUCUGUCUAAAUGAUGAGCACUAUAAUGUUUUAAUUUUUUUGAAAACAUUUUGUAGUUGUAGAUAAUUCUGAGGAUACUUGUGUUUAUUUGGUAAGACCUUGUGUUUACAAUUGGGCAUUGUUAUCUGUUUAUUUUAAAACAAAUGAUGUAGAUAAAAAAAAUGUAUGGAAAAUUAAAUUGGUGGGAAGUACUUUUUUAAUACAAGAUCUACUUUCUUAA